AUGGAUGCGCUCGUCUCGGCCGCGUUGGAGGAGCUGUGCGCCCGCCCCGCUCACGGCAUCCCAGUGGCCGACCUCUGGCCCGCGCUCUCCGGCGCGUUCCGGGCGGCCGGCCUCCCUCCCGACCUGCCCGUCAGGCGCGUCCUCUUUGCCCGGCUCAUCGCGCUCCCUGUCAUCAACCUCCGCCCGGACACGCCGGACAAGAACCAGGAGGAGGACGUGGAGGCCGCCGAGCGGUGCGGCGCUCGACUGGUCGCCACCCCGGAUCUCAGGGACAACUUCCUCGGCCUCUACGACCACCGCUACUCCGCUUCCAGGCUAAGUGACAACCAGAGGAAGACGCUCGAACAUGUCGGAGCGACCAGGACUUGUGGUGUCACGCAAACAGCUUUGGGAAAAUGCUUUCGCCUGGAAGCAGGGAAGUUCUGUUAUAUCGUGAAGAGUCUUCAGUCCAGGGGGUUAGUUGUCGGAAACCGAGCGAUGGUAAAGUCGAAUAGCGCCGUGGGUGGGAUGAAAGUGGUCAGCACCAACUCGUUACAUCUCUCGAGAUAUGCCAAACAAUCGAAUGUGAGCUCCUAUCAAAGAAUUGAGAUUACAGAACGCGAACCUGGGAGCGAUGAAGAGAUCAACGUAGAUGCUUUACAAGAGGAAGAUGGAACUCUCAACAAAAGCCAUGUUUCUGUUCAUGAUUAUCUUCCAGCUAUGAAAGCCGUGUGUGACAAACUUGAAGAAGCUAGCGGAAAGGUUCUUGCUGUGGCAGAUAUGAAAAAGGAUCUCGGUUACAGGAAGCGAAGUGGGCACAGGGCAUGGAGAAGUGUACUGCAUACGCUUUUAGAUGCAAAGCUUGUUGAAGAAAUUGGUGCACAAGUUGAUGAUCAGGUUGUUCUCUGCUUGCGUCUUCUGAAGAAGUUUAAUCCAGACGAGUUUAAGCCAAAGAGUACAGCCUCAAACUACAAACUUGGAAAGAAAUGCCUGGCAACUGAUCAAAUUAUGGAGCUUCCAUUAGAGAACUCUAUAUAUGAUAUGAUCCAGGCUAAAGGUACAAAAGGUGUAACUCUUGUUGAGCUUGGCAGACGUCUUGGGGGAAAGUAUAUCAAUCCGAAAGAGCUUGGUGAACGAGUGAAGUCUAUGCUUGGAAAAUUCAGUUUGACUAAGCAGGCUGAAGUCAUAGAUAAAACAACACAGAACAGAAUUUGGACUUCAGAAAAUUUCUCAUUGUAUAAAGCUAAUACUGCUCUGCAAAAUUGUUCUAAUUUGUGGUCUUCCGUUCCAUCUAAAGAAUCAGAUUCUGUUAGCCUACAAGGUGAUUCAUUUGUUGAUGACAAACUCUUGUUUCGAGAAGAUCGUCCUGAUAAACCAGCCGUACAUCAUCUCUUGAGUAACUAUGAAGCUUCUGUUGGAGUUUCUCAACUAGCUGAACAAGAUAAAGUUGCCUUUCCGAAGAAGAGGCAUCGCUGGCCCACUUCAGAUGAUCGGAGACAGAAAAGGAUUCUUCACAUAUUAAAGAAAAGGAAUUUUGUACUGAUGGUGGAGUUACGUAAAUGGUUAGAGAGACUUGAAAAGGAAAAUGGAAAAUUAAUGGACAGGAAGACAUUGAUUCGCACUUUGAAUAAACUUCAGCAAGAGGGUAGCUGUAAAUGUACCAAAGUUAACGUCCCUGUAGUUACAAACUACACUGGCAGUCGUUCUGUUGAUGUAAUACUGAGUCCUUCUGUCAAGGUCAUGUCACCGGAACUCGUGGAUCAAAUUAGGAACAGACUAAGGAAAUUUGAUUCUCAAAGUCGUUCAGGCGCAGCAGCUAAAUCGAAGCAAAAGCAGCGUAUGGCUGCCAUACAUGGAUUGAGUGUUCAAUGCAGAGCCAAAGUUAAAAAAAUACCAACGUCAGAAGCUAUUCAUGCCAAUGGAUUCAUAGGUGCAAAGAUGACUCGGGCAAAGCUGUUGCAUAAAUUUCUGUGGAAAUAUGUUAGUCGUUCGCCAGAUUGGUGCAAACUAUCUGAUUGUGCCAAAGAAGGGCGGCAUGGCACGAACCUUAAUCAACCGUGUCAGUUGUUUUCGAUCACAACAGCUAUAAAAGAAAUGCCUCUUGAACUCUUUCUACAAGUUGUGGGAUCAGCGAAAAUUGACAGCACUAUAACUAAGUCUUCUGGCAAAACACUUUCAGAGAUUCCUACCAGCGUAUAUAAUCAGCUCAUGGGUACUCAUGCCAAGGGUCGUCUCUCACGCUUAAUAAAUAUUUUAGACAAGCUCAAGUUGAUUGCACUUGUAAACAAACAUCUAGAGGAUUCUGAUGUGCAACCAGGGAAUGUACCUACGUAUUCGCUGGAGCUCAGGCCUUACAUUGAAGAACCUACACCGAGAAUCGUUCUGUCAUCACACGUCGGUGUGAACCAUCAUCCAAAAUUGCGGCAUGAUUUUGUGCUUUCAAAGCAGGAGUCUGUGGAUGCUUACUGGGAAACAUUGAAGUACUGUUAUCUAACAGCAGGCUUGGCUGAUUCAAGUGCCUUUCCUGGCAAUUGUGUACCUGAGGUUUCUCAUGUACGGUCAUGGAGUUCAGUAAGAGUAAUGACUACUGAACAACGUCUGGAAUUACAAAAGCGCCUUAGGAAUGAAAGUGAGGACAGGACACUUUCUUACAAAGUUUGCCGUAUAAUUGCAAAUGAUUUGAAUCUCUCUGUGCAGCAGGUGCUUUGUGCUUCCUCCAAGAGUAGACAGCUUCAUGGACAGGCAAGCAUAUCUGGUACACAAAAUCAGCGAAAAUUAAAUUUUAGACCAACCUGUAAGAAAAGGAAAAGAUCUGCUGAUGAGAUUGCCAUGAAUUUUAUUAAGCAAAAAUUUGUAGCUAGUGGAUCAUCCUCACAGAGGUUAGGCAAGUCUAUUCUGGAUGAAGAAGCGACAGAGAGAAACUCUCCAUCAUUCAGUGGCCUAUCAGAAAAACUUUAUCGAACUGGCAGCACUCCCACAUGCAACAUUGGUACUCCUGUGCAUACAUUUAAAGAUAAUGAGGGCAGCCCACUGGUCAGUCAGUCUACCCUGUUAAGCAAAAGAUGCAUGGGAAAGAAAAAAUCCUUUUGGACAUCUGAAUCUGACAGAAAAUUGCUCGUGAUAUACACUAGAUACCGUACAACACAUGGAGCAAAAAUGUCCCGUGUAGGUUGGAGCUCUAUCUCUGAUCUUCCAGCUCCACCAGCUGCAUGUUGUAAAAGGAUGUUAACCUUAAGAGCUAAAGCAAACAUUAGAAAAGCUGUGAACCAAAUCUGCAAUAUUCUUGCUAUACGGUAUAAGAUGUACCUUGAAAAGGAAAGGAUAUCAAAAGUGAAAGCAUUAUCAAAUUCUAGUUGCAACAACUUUGCAGAUUCAGACUCUCAGAAAUUCAAUUGGGAUAAUUUUGAUGAUCCGGAAAUAAGAAAUGCACUUGAUGAAAUCCUUGAAUUCAUUCCAGUAGGAAAAAUGGGCCAGCCCAAGCGGAUCAGCCCAGAGAAUGAAAGGAACAAUGAUUCUACUGACGUGGCUGAGGAAAUUCCAGCUGAGCAGGUUAUGCAAUGUGCAACCAGCAGAAGCACUGUAGUUCCACAGAAUGUGGAAUUGUGUAGACGUUCCAAUUCAAUCCAUGUAAGUAAAAACGUGGCAAUUCCUGGCAGAGUUCAUGAAAACACCAUUAAACUCAACAAGGUUGAAAUUACUAAAAGGGUUGUAUGCAAAUCCUUGGCAAUCGCCAAUGUAUUAGAGCUCCUGAAGGUGUUUUUUCUCAGCUCAUCAUCGGGUUCAGAAGCGCAUGCUGCAUUAACAGCCACCUUUCAGCUUUAUUCAGAGAGCGAAAUUUUUACUGCCCUUUCCUUUUUGAGAGAGAAGAACUUCGUGGUUGCUGGAAAUGGAAUGAAACCUGUAAACCUUUCUAAACAUUUUUUCUUGGAUGCUUCUUAUUCACCUUUCCCAUUUGGUUCAGGGAAAAAGGCUUCUGGAUUUUCGAAAUGGCUUGGAGGGCAGAAAAAGAAUAUUGUGGAUAGUACAGUUUAUUUGCAUUCAGAUCUACAAUGCGGGGAAAUUGUUCACCUCUUUUUUCUCGUGUUGUCAGGAGAGCUGCUCAUUUCCCCUUCCCUGCCAAGUGAAGGAGUUGGUGAGGGUGAUGAACCUAACAGCUUCAGUCCUUUAAUCGAGGAUGCCACUGAAUUGGAUGACCGUACUAACAAACGCAAGGCUACAGAGUUGGAAAGCAGUAGGACUAAGAAACACAAACCUUUGUCCAAGAUAGGUAGUGACUUCUGCUACCGUCGAGAGAAAGGUUUCCCUGGUAUCCAAGUGGCUUUGAAUCAAGAGAAGAUUCAAACAAACAAUCGGAUGCAAGUGUUACAUCAUAAAGAAUGCCUUAUGUUUACUUUAGCUAGGGAAAUGAGCAGCAGGGAUGUUGACUCCCAGGUAGAAAGGCGUGACAUGUGUCUGAGUUCAUGUCGCUGUUUAUUAUCAGCAUCUCAUUUGGAGAAUUCUUAUAGCGGAUGGCCUUGGGAUGCUAUGAAACUAUAUGCCGAACAGUUACCAUCAUUAUCUUGUAAUAAAAAUGGACCAUUCAUUCUUUCUUCUAACCUGUUCAGAGAUGCAUUUUGUAUUAUUCAUCAAACUGGUGAACAAGGGGUUAAUUUGAGGGAAAUGUCACUGGCACUGCAUCCACUAGGCCUGCAAUCUAUCAGUUUGAUUGUUGAUACGCUUGAGAGAUUUCAGCUGGCCAUUAAGGUCAAUGCAUAUGACGGUGUGCAGAUUGUUGACUCAUUACAUAAGUCAAAGUAUCAUAUAACCACACUUGCUGAAUACAGUUGUUGCAGCUGUUUGGGAGCUCCGGCUUCUGAAAUAGCAUCGACUGGAGACACCAGAAAUAUGCUGAAAGAGAAACCUACUAAUUUGCAUGGGACUGUAAGGCAACUUGGCGAGGGGCACACUGUGACAGUUGUUAAUGCUGUAAGAACGUCAAGCUCUAAUUUGCAUGGUCAAAAUCCUGGAGAUGAUAUAAGGUCGUCAUCUACUUGGCACUGUUGUUGUCGUGUUUGCGGAACUAAUACUUAUCACCCAAUAUUGCCGUGGAUAAAUGGUGAUGGCAGCAUGAAUAGCACUGUCUACGAAGGUUUAAGCCGUCGUAUAAUUGGAUACGCCAUGCAGUAUCCAGGAAUUUCAGAGGAGGACGUUAUCCGUUGGAUGGAUGUCCUGAAUCCUCAGACAUGCAGGACCUUGCUGGGGAAGCUGACGAUUGAUAAACACCUAUAUGUUGCUCAUGUUGGGGUGCCUGCGCCCAGUGCUCUUCCCACCAUGCUGCAGUGUAUUUUGAGGCAACAGACAUCUCACCAUAAAGAACCAUCCAACUCUGGAAGGCGCUACUUUGCUAAUCCGAUGAGUACUUUUAUGCUGUAGAAGGAUGCCGGUUCUUCUAUGUCUGUUUAUUGUAAAAUGCCGGUUGUUUUAGUUGUCCCAACUCCCAUGUCAAAAUUCCCUAUCUUUGACAAAAUUCUGCUAUUGUUAAUAUAUUACCACGUAAUCAGCU